GUCUCAAUGUUCCAAGCAUCAAACCAUAGUUCUGUUACUGAAUUUAUUCUGCUUGGCUUCUCCAGUGAUUCCACCUCAAAUAGGAUCCUUUUCAUCAUCUUUCUUCUUCUCUACCUCUGCUCAGUACUGGGCAAUGGACUCAUUAUCCUCCUCAUAUGUCUAGAUUCUCACCUCCACACACCUAUGUAUUUUUUCCUCAGUAUACUUUCCCUACUGGACCUGGGCUAUGUCACCAGCACAGUGCCUCAGAUGUUGGUGCACCUGCUUUCUAGUUCUAAGCUCAUCUCCUUUGGAGGUUGCUGGAUGCAGAUGUAUGUAUUUGGUGCCCUGGGUCUCAGUGAGGGCAUCAUCUUUGUAGUCAUGGCCUAUGAUCGCUAUGUAGCCAUCUGCUUUCCAUUGCGUUACACCCUCAUCCUCAACUGGAAUUUGUGUGUGAGGUUAGUGGUAGGUAGUUGCUCCUGUGGUUUCUUCCUCUCCCUACCCCAUACUUACUUUACCAUGAGUCUCCCCUUCUGUGGCCCCAAUGUGGUCAAUCAUUACCUCUGUGAAGGUCCCUCAGUCCGAAGCUUGGCCUGCAUGGACACACACUUGAUUGAGCUAGUAGACUUCAUCAUAAGCAUCUUCGUGGUGUUAGUCCCUCUUUCACUAAUCCUGGCCUCCUAUGUCCGCAUCACCAUGGCUAUCCUCAAGAUCAAGUCCACCCAAGGCAGGUGUAAAGCCUUUUCCACUUGUGCUUCUCACCUCAUUGUGGUCACUCUGUUCUAUGGACCUGGCAUAUACAUCUAUAUGAGGCCCAACUCCAACUACUCCCCAGAGAGAGACAAGCAGAUCUCACUUUUCUAUAAUGUGUUCACAGCCCUGCUCAAUCCAGUGGUCUACAGCCUUAGGAAUAAGGACAUAAAGGCUGCAUUCAUCAAAGUGGUUGGGUCUCAAGAGGGCAACUGA